AUGCUGGAUAAAGAUCGACGUGCUAGUUUAAUAUCAUCAUGUUCAAAAACAAUCACACAAUACAAAUUCGAUUUAAUGGCUUCAAAUCUUGACGUAAUCCAAAGCACAAGAUAUGGCCAUGAAGAAUCACUUCAGAAUUUACAAAAUCAACUAUCAGAGUCCAAUGCCAAUGAUUUACUGAAACAGGCUAUUGAAGAUCGUCGACAAGCAAUGACAAACCGCUCCGCCGACGGUAUAAAACCAACGAAGAAGCGAAGUCAUCGUCGUCGUCGUCGUCGGAGCGAAAUAUCUAUUUAUAAACAAAUAACUGCUUCUACACCAUUUAUUCAAGUUGAUCUUAAAUUAACAUCAGCCCAAAUGUCAAUGUCAAUGAAUGGUUUUAAAUAUGUUGUGCCAUAUCAAAGUCAAUGUUCUCCUAAACCAAUCGAACGAAUUCUUACUGACCAAUAUGAAAAUACAUCAUUUAUCGUCAAGAACUGUCUACAAGAUCAUCGGAUGUCAAUUAACAAUGAACGAUCUGAAAUGAUAUUUGCACAGCUACGAUAUGUGUUCAAAGGAUUAAAAUCUCACAAAGUGCCAAAAAAGUUAACCAAACGUGCUCAAAAGGAAUACCAGGUUGUUCGAAGUAUACGACGACUUCUGCGUCAACGACCAGAUAUUGUCGUACGACGAACUGAUAAAAACAAAGUAUUCUAUAUCGGUAAAGCAGCUGAUUUUGAUCGGAAAGCUGAAGAAUUUAUGUUAAAAACCGAAGCUUACGCAGAAAUUACAAGUGGUAUUUGUCCCCUAGCAGAAAAUUUGAAAAGUGUAAAAGUUCUACUUGAUUACUUACUAAAGAAAAAAGCAUUAACAAGACAAUUAUAUAAUCAAUUAUGUCCAAAAGAAGGUCAAUUAGAAUUAGGUCAUUUUCAUGGCCUGCCCAAACCCCAUAAGCCUGGAACACCUAUACGACCGAUAAUAGCAAGCAUGCAUGCACCUGCCACAUUGAUUUCGAAAUUUUUGAAUGAUCUAUUAGCACCUGUCUAUUUACAAGUGACACGUGAUUACACACUUAUUAAUGAUAUUGAUGUUGUGCGCCGACUAGAAGAGUAUGCUGCUAAUGGAUAUAUUACACCAACAACAAAAUUUAUAACAAUUGAUGUUGAAAAUCUUUAUACAAUGAUACCACGACAAGGUGCAUUAUGCGCAUUAGCUCGGUUUUGUAUGAAACAUUCAAAACAAGGCAAAAUUGGGACUUUGGCAUUGGAUCAUAUUAUGAAAAUGGCUCGUUUGAUAUUGGAUACAAAUUGUUUUGCUUAUAACAACAAAUAUUAUCGACAGAUUCGAGGUGGAGCAAUGGGUUCAGCAUUCACACAAGUAUUAGCCAAUAUUUAUAUGUUCGAGUGGGAACAAGAUUUAAUUGAACACCAACAGUUACAUCACGGCAUGUAUGGAAGAUACAUUGAUGAUAUAUUCAUGACCACAGAUCAAAGCAUCGAAGAGAUCAAUAUUGAACUAGAGAAGGCGAACAACAAGGACAUUAACAUCAAAAUUUCAACAUCCAUUAAUACGUCAGUUCAUUUCCUCGAUGUAACAGUUAGCAAUGAAAGUGGACACUUACGCACAUCCAUCUAUCAUAAACCAACAACCGAGCCAUAUGUGUUACCCUAUACAUCUGAUCAUCCGCGCCAUAUCUAUCGUAACAUUCCAUAUGCAGCAUUGUUACGUGCUGCUCGUAUUUGUUCAACUGUCGAAGAUUUCCACUCGGAAUGCAUACGAACAGAUAUGUCAUUAUUAUUAAACAAAUAUCCACCACGUUUUAUUACUGAACAAUUUCAACGUUUCUUUCAGUUGAACGAUGCAAUAUCUAUAUCAUCACAAUUGAAUAAAGAUGCUUACCAACGUCUACAUCAAACAUCGUUACAUCAAUCAACACGUCGUGAAAAGAAACUAAACAUCAUGAUGUACAAUCCCAUUGAAAAUCCAUUAGUGUUACAACCAAAAGUGUGGAACAAGGAAGUGAUGUAUCCACGAUAUUUGUUUGAUUCCAGCAUUACCAAGGUUUAUUCAAACCAAUUCUAUAAUUGGUGGAAACACUACUAUGCCUUUCCAACUUCACCACUUCAACAAGUCAAAGUCAUUCUAGUCACAACUACCAAUCCUACAUUAGACCAGUUCUUUAUUCAUAAAAAACCUCCACGUACAAUCUUAAGAAAAA